GAAUAUCUUGGAGGUUUGGCAUUUGCAAAGAAUUUCCAAAGAAUCCUCUCAGGUCUCAUUUGCAGACCACUGUCAACCCAGCAACUUCUCUCCUCGCAGGCGCUGCUGGACUUUGCCCUCUCCAAAAACCCAGCUGUGUGUGAGAGAGCUGUGAGGAGGAUUGAGAGGCUGGGUGAUUUCAUCAUCAGUUAUUUUUUGAGCGAGGUAAGGCACAAGGAACCCUCCACCCUUUCCUGCAUCCCAGAGCAUCCUGCCACUCAGGGGUGCCUGUGAGGCAAGCCUCGAUGCACGUGAGUGCCUCAGAACCGUGAAUCGAGGGUCUUCGUCCCUUCUUCGCCCCUGCUCUUCCCUCCCCAGGCCCUGCUAUCUCAGGGGCUGGCUCUGCCUCCACUAAGCCCUUUGUCUCUCGUCCCUUCCUCACCCAGAACUCAGAUGACUAUGAAAAAUACAAGCACAGCUACAAUGAUUCCAGAGAGCUCUACAUCCCCAUCCUGGGACAGCUGCUGGGCCACCUCUUCAUUUUCUUCAGUGGCGAUAUAUCCAUGAGACACGCAGCUUUGGAUACACUUUAUCGCUUCCUCACAAUCUUAGAGGAAACAAGAGAAAGCUCACAGACAAAGGACAUGAAAAAUUAUGGGCUGCUCCGCAUGAUAUCGAAGGAUUCAAAACCUCCAUUUUCUAUACCAUCAACUCCGUGUGAAAUUGCCAAGUGGUUUGGAGGACAUCUCUUCCCUGAUGAGAGGCUGGACAUCGUCCUCACAGCCCUGGAAGCUUUACAAGACUCCAGCACCCAUGACAAGCAGGGGGCCUGCAGCGUGCUGGACGCAGCCUUGGAGGUCCCUGACUACUGGCUGACAGAUGUGCCAACGAUCAUGGAGUGCAUCAGGAGAAACCUGGGCAGCAUCCACACGGCAUCGGCGCGGCAGUGCCUGGACUCCCUGCUUCUCCAGAUGACCAACAUGAUGCCCUGGAGAGAAGUCAUGAACCUGCUGCAGUUCUCUCCGCCACGUGACAGCACUGACCUGGCCAUGUGGGAGGUGAUCCUGGCCAUGCCGAAGACCUUGAAGAGGGUUUUGAACGACAUGAUGGAAGACUUGCCGCUGCGCUACUGGUGCACCGCAGUCACCGAAGACACGUGCAUCCGUCGCUUGGCUGUGAGUUCCCAGAUGAAACCUUGCUCCCAGCAGGGCUACGUGUGCCCCUUCAGGCACACAGGCACAGCCCUGUGCCCAUCUACCCCCAAAUUGCCAGCUCCCGCAGGACGUACGGACACAUGGUCCCUGGGGCCGGCAAGCCCCCGUAGCUCCCCGCGCCUGGUGCCUCUUUGGUGCCAGCUGGCGCUGCCCCAUCCCUGCCCAAAGGUGGGAGAAGAAGAGGCUGCAGGGGGCCCUGCAGGCCCUGCCAGGCUCUCACUGCUCUUUCUUGCAGAUGCUGGCCCAGAAUGACAUUUCUGAGGAGGACUUUGUUAACCCAGUGCACCUCCUGAGCUACCUGAGGCACCCAAGCCCAGAGAUGCGCUUGAUGGUUCUGAAAGGGCUCUGCACCGUGUCAGAGAGCCCUA